AUGGCUGUGAUGUGGAGGGGUAACGGCUACAAUGUCUACGGCGGCCGGACGCUCGAGAUGCUUGUUGCUGGAUUGCCGGGCGGGCCGACGACGGAUCCUAUUGCUGGCCCGAAUGUUGCGGAUGCGCGGAGCGGAGGGAGAUUAAGGAUGCUGAGGGAGAGCUUGAGCGGAGUGGUGAGAAUCUCCCGGAGGAAGAUGUUAUGGAGGGUGAUUGGAUUGCUUCCUGCUUGUUUUGGUGGUGAGUGGCUUUUACUAGAUGAUAGCGGUGACGAUUUCGAGGACGGUGAGGAUGAUGACGAUUAG